AUAUUCAUGUCCUUAGUUAUAAUAGGUAAUUUAUACUUGCUUCUAAAUCAUAAAAACCAUAUUAAUUUAUUAAUCAUUAUUUUUUACACUUGUGUUUUAGGUGGACUAUCAGUCUUGGAAAGGGUAAAUUUAACCUAUUUUUUGAUAAUAAUCGUUUUUGUCGGUGGUAUCAUGGUAUUAAUAAUGUAUACUGUUAUAAUGACAUCUAAUUUACUCAUUAUAUGAAAUAUGAAAUGAAUUUGUUCAUUUAUUUGUAUAAUUGUGUUAGUAGCAGACUGAAAUACAUCAAUUGGAAGUUUAAUGAGGAUAAAUAUUAAUUUUCCUCUAUAUCUAUUAGUAACACUUAUUAUAUAUUUGUUCAUUGUAAUGAUCGCUAGUUAUAAUAUAUUAAAAUCUACCAAGAACUUGAAUGUGUAUAAUUAA